CCUUUCCUCCUCCCCUUAUUACCUAUCUUCGCCGCUUUGAUGCUCGCUUCUCUUCUACGACAACACCCUCUUUCUCUCCCUCUCCCUCUCUCUCUCUCUGUGUGCAAGGUGUUCUCUCCAUCCCCCUCGCUUCCCCUCUGCAUUUCUUGCCUCCUUCGCGUGGGAGAUCUUGAUGCUUUGACUGUGGCUUAGAGGGUAGAUCUGGAGAGUGGGGGCGGGAUCUGGAUCGAUCCUCGUUUCGGUCUAAGUUCUUGAAGUGAAGCUAAGCAAAGCUGGCGGCGACACUGGCUUGGAGGUUCCCUGCCAGCAAUGGCAGCGGCCACACUUCUAAUGAUCUGGAAAGAAACGGGAAUGGCAAACUUCAAGACUCAGAGCCCCCAACUCCACAUUCAGUCAUGAAGAUGAAUUUAAGGGAUCGCACUAGUAGCAUGGAGGAUCCAGACGGAACAUUGGCAAGUGUAGCCCAGUGCAUUGAGCAGUUGAGGCAAAGUGCUUCUUCUGCUCAAGAGAAAGAGCAUUCUUUGAGGCAGUUGCUGGAACUUAUUAAUACCCGUGAAAACGCUUUCAGUGCUGUUGGAUCUCAUUCUCAGGCUGUCCCAGUGCUUGUUUCACUUCUCCGUUCUGGAUCCGUGGAAGUAAAGAUACAAGCUGCUAAUGUUCUGGGAUCCCUUUGCAAAGAGAAUGACCUAAGGGUAAAAGUUCUUUUAGGAGGAUGUAUUCCUCCAUUGCUUGGUCUCCUCAAGUCCAGCUCUGCUGAAGGUCAAACUGCUGCUGCAAAGACCAUAUAUGCUGUUUCUCAAGGUGGCUCUAAGGAUCAUGUUGGAUCAAAAAUCUUCUCGACUGAAGGGGUCGUACCGGUGCUUUGGAAGCAACUACUGAAAGCUGGAAACUUAGUGGAUAGCUUAUUGACAGGAGCUUUACGGAGCCUGUCCAGCAGCGCAGAAGGAUUCUGGUCUGCUACGAUACAAGCUGGAGGAGCGGAUAUCCUGGUGAAGUUGCUUAUAGAUGGACACUCAAGCACUCAGGCAAAUGUGUGCUUUCUUCUUGCCUGCAUGAUGAUGGAAGACGCAUCUGUUUGUUCUAACGUCUUGGCUGCGGACACCACUAAACAUCUUCUCAAGUUAUUGGGACCAGGAAAUGAAGCUUCCAUAAGAGCAGAAGCUGCAAAUGCUCUCAAGUCUCUUUCUGCUCAAUGCAAAGAAGCAAGACAGAAAAUCGCCAGUACUAAUGGGAUUCCUGCACUGAUAAAUGCUACAAUCGCUCCGUCCAAGGAGUUUAUGCAAGGUGAGUACGCCCAAGCACUGCAGGAGAAUGCAAUGUGUGCUCUCGCUAAUAUUUCCGGUGGUUUGUCAUAUGUCAUCUCGAGCCUUGGUCAAAGCCUUGAAUCAUGCAGUUCCCCCGCCCAGGUUGCUGAUACAUUGGGAGCUUUAGCUUCAGCUCUCAUGAUAUAUGACAGUAAAGCAGAGUCAACACGAGCCUCAGAUCCUAUGGCAAUUGAGCAGACGCUAAUUAAGCAGUUCAAACCGCGCCUACCAUUUCUUGUGCAGGAACGUACAAUCGAGGCCCUUGCCAGUUUGUAUGGCAAUCCCAUUCUCUCGCUUAAACUGGCAAAUUCUGAUGCCAAGCGUCUGCUUGUUGGUUUGAUCACUAUGGCGACCAAUGAGGUGCAGGAUGAACUUACACGAGCUCUUCUUACACUUUGCAAAAAUGAAGGCAGUUUGUGGCGUGCUCUUCAGGGACGUGAAGGUGUUCAGUUGUUGAUUUCUCUUCUCGGGCUUUCUUCAGAGCAGCAGCAAGAAUGUGCGGUCGCAUUACUUUCUCUUCUGUCGAAUGAGAACGACGAAAGCAAAUGGGCGAUCACUGCAGCUGGUGGCAUACCUCCACUUGUUCAAAUAUUGGAGAUGGGAUCUGUCAAAGCGAAGGAAGACUCGGCAUUGAUCCUGAGGAAUCUUUGCAAUCAUAGUGAAGAUAUCCGCGAAUGUGUAGAAAGUGCAGAUGCUGUCCCUGCUUUACUGUGGCUACUAAAGAACGGAAGCACAAAUGGAAAAGAAAUUGCAGCUAAGACUUUAAACCAUUUGAUCCACAAAUCUGAUACGACAACCAUUAGCCAGCUCACAGCAUUACUCACCAGCGACCUGCCUGAAUCUAAAGUGUACGUUUUGGAUGCACUGCGGAGCAUGCUUUCUGUUGCUCCCCUCGGUGAUACCCUGCGAGAGGGUAGUGCUGCAAAUGAUGCUAUUGAGACUAUGAUUAAACUAUUGAGCUCUAGCAAAGAAGAAACUCAAGCCAAGUCUGCAUCAGCCUUAGCUGGAAUCUUUUAUCAAAGGAAGGACUUGCGCGAAAGCAGUAUUGCGGUGAAGGCCCUUUUGUCAGUGUUGAAGCUACUAAAUGUUGAAUCUCAAAACAUUCUGAUGGAGUCCUCUCGUUGCCUUGCUUCCAUGUUUCUAUCGAUUAAGGUGAACAAGGAUGUAGCUGCUAUUGCCAAGGAAGCUCUCUCGCCCUUGGUUGCGCUAGCGAACUCCACAGAGCUGGAUGUGGUGGAGCAGGCGACAUGCGCCUUGGCCAAUCUUAUAUUAGAUAGUGAAAUGUCAGAGAAAGCAAUUGCUGAAGAAAUUAUUUCCCCUGCUACCAGGGUCCUGCGUGAAGGCACGUUUGCUGGAAAGACCCAUGCUGCUGCUGCAAUUGCAAGGCUGCUUCAUACUCGUCAAGUUGAUUACGCCUUAACUGACUAUGUGAAUCACUCUGGAAUAGUUCUUGCAUUGGUUUCUUUUCUAGAAUCUACUAACAACGAUCCAAUUGCCACGUCAGAGGCACUGGAUGCUCUUGCACUUCUAUCGAGAUCAGGAUCCAGCGGGCACAUAAAACCUACAUGGGCUGUUCUAGCUGAAUUUCCCAACAGCAUCACCCCUAUAGUCGCAUCAAUUGCCACUGCAGAACCUUUGCUGCAGGACAAAGCUAUUGAGAUAUUAUCACGACUUUGCCAUGAUCAGUGUCUUGUUCUGGGUAAUACAGUUGCCAGUGCCAGUGGAUGUGUGUCAUCAGUAGCAAGAAGGAUAAUAAACUCGAAAAAUAGGAGAGUUAAAAUUGGAGGAACUGCAUUACUUAUUUGUGCUGCCAAGGUCAAUUAUCAGAGAGUGAUAGAGGAUCUAAACCAGUCUAAUUCUUGUGCUCAUCUGAUUCAAUCUCUGGUCACCCUUGCCAGUUCUGCUGAAUCUUCUCCUCUGAUAGGCCAGACAGUUGAUGAUAAGGAGGCCUUGAUCCUUUUCAGACAUCAUAAAGAGGAAACAGGGAGUGGUGAAUCCGAUACAGGCAGCGUGACAGUUAUUCAUGGUGUAAACUUGGCGAUAUGGCUACUCUCUGUGCUUGCCAGUCAUGAUGAAAAAAUUAAGACUGUGAUCAUGGAAGCUGGAGCCGUUGAGGUCCUCACUGACAAAAUCACACAUUACUACUCACUCUAUUCCCAGAUUGAAGAUAAGGAGGACAGUAGCAUAUGGAUAUGUGCUUUGCUUCUGGCAAUUUUGUUCCAAGAUAGAGAUAUCAUUAGAGCAAAUGCAACUAUGAAAUCAAUACCGGCUCUGGCAAAUUUACUGAAGACUGAAGAGCUAGCAAACAGAUACUUUGCUGCCCAAGCAAUGUGCAGCCUCAUCUGCAAUGGAAGCAGGGGAACUUUGCUUUCUGUGGCAAAUUCGGGUGCAGUAAAUACGGGUGCAGCAGGUGGGCUUAUUUCACUACUUGGUUGUGCUGACGUUGAUAUAUUCGAUCUCUUGGAAUUGUCAGAUGAGUUUGCUCUGGUGCGCUAUCCAGACCAAGUUGCUCUUGAGAGGUUAUUCAGAGUUGAGGACAUUAGGGUGGGGGCAACUUCUCGAAAAGCCAUCCCUGCACUUGUGGACUUGCUGAAGCCGAUUCCUGAUCGUCCAGAUGCACCCUUCCUGGCACUUGGGCUUCUGACUCAGCUUGCAAAAGAAUGCCCCUCGAACAAGAUAGUAAUGGUUGAAGCAGGUGCUCUGGAAGCCCUGACCAAGUAUCUUUCACUGGGCCCACAGGAUGCAACUGAAGAAGCUGCUACUGACCUACUAGGACUCUUAUUUAGCACUCCUGAAAUAAGGAAGCAUGAAUCUGCAUUUGGUGCUGUCAGUCAAUUAGUAGCAGUUUUACGUUUAGGUGGAAGAGGUGCACGGUAUAGUGCUUCUAAGGCUCUGGAAAGCCUUUUUUCUGCUGACCAUAUUAGAAAUGCUGAAACGUCAAGGCAAGCUGUUCAACCUCUGGUUGAGGUUCUUAGCACUGGUUUAGAGAAGGAACAGCAUGCUGCUAUAGCUGCACUGGUUAGAUUAUUGAGUGAGAACCCGUCAAGAGCUCUAGCAGUUGCAGAUGUUGAAAUGAAUGCAGUGGAUGUUCUUUGCAGGAUCCUUUCUUCAAAUUGUUCAAUGGAGCUGAAGGGAGAUGCAGCUGAGUUGUGCUGUGUUCUAUUUGGAAACACAAGAAUCAGGUCGACUAUGGCUGCGGCUCGCUGUGUUGAGCCUAUGGUCUCUCUCCUUGUCACCGAAUUUAGUCCCGCUCAGCAUUCGGUUGUUCGCGCUUUGGAAAAACUUGUUGAGGAUGAGCAGCUGGCAGAAUUAGUUGCUGCACAUGGUGCAGUUGUUCCGCUUGUUGGCCUUCUUUAUGGCAGGAAUUACUUGCUUCAUGAAGCUAUUUCGAGGGCUCUCGUGAAGUUGGGAAAAGACAGACCUGCUUGUAAGAUGGAAAUGGUAAAAGCGGGAGUUAUAGAAGGCAUACUUGAUAUCCUCCACGAAGCACCGGAUUUUCUUUGUGCUGCUUUUGCAGAAUUGCUUCGGAUCUUGACCAACAAUGCCGGCAUUGCCAAAGGAGCAUCUGCAGCUAAAGUGGUGGAACCCCUUUUUCAUUUGCUGGCAAGACCGGAGUUUGGGCCAGAUGGCCAGCAUAGUGCAUUACAAGUUCUUGUCAAUAUUUUGGAGCAUCCCCAGUGCCGAUCUGAGUACAACCUUAGUUCCCACCAGGCUAUUGAGCCUCUCAUCCCUUUGCUCGAUUCUACAGCUCCAGCCGUCCAGCAAUUGGCAGCUGAGCUUCUGUCUCAUUUGCUUUCAGAAGAACACCUCCAGAAGGACUCAGUAACACAGCAGGUAAUUGCCCCCCUCGUACGAGUACUCGGUUCUGGGUUACAUAUGUUGCAGCAGAGGGCCGUAAAGGCCCUAGAAAGAAUUGCACUUGCAUGGCCAAAUGAAAUUGCAAAAGAAGGUGGAGUUGCAGAGCUUUCCAAAGUGAUAUUGCAAACUGACCCAUUGCUUCCCCAUGCUUUAUGGGAAUCUUCGUCUUCUGUUUUAGCCAGUAUACUGCAAUUUAGUUCUGAGUUUUAUCUGGAGGUACCUGUUGCGGUGUUGGUAAGGUUACUCCAUGCUGGCUCCGAAAGCACAGUAGUAGGUGCUUUGAAUGCUCUCCUGGUUUUGGAGAGUGACGAUUCAACCAGUGCCGAAGCAAUGGCUGAAAGUGGCGCAGUAGAGGCUCUUUUGGAACUCAUCAGGUCUCAUCAGUGCGAGGACACGGCAGCAAGACUGCUGGAAGUAUUGCUGAAUAAUGUUAAGAUUCGAGAAACAAAAGCUACCAAAUCUGCAAUCUUGCCUUUAUCGCAGUACCUUCUUGAUCCUCAAACGCAAGCUCAGCAGGCCAGGCUACUUGCUACUCUUGCACUUGGUGACAUAUUUCAGAACGAAGGUCUUGCUAGAAGUGCAGAUGCUGUUUCAGCUUGUCGUGCCUUAGUAAAUGUGCUUGAAGACCAACCUACCGAAGAGAUGAAAGUGGUCGCUAUAUGUGCUUUACAGAACCUUGUAAUGUACAGUAGAUCAAACAAAAGGGCAGUUGCAGAGGCUGGCGGUGUUCAAGUUGUAUUAGAUUUGAUUGGUUCAAGUGACCCGGAGACAUCUGUCCAGGCAGCAAUGUUUAUUAAGCUUCUAUUCUCUAAUCAUACCAUUCAGGAGUAUGCCUCAAGUGAAACAGUCAGAGCUAUCACUGCUGCCAUUGAGAAGGAUCUGUGGGCGACUGGAACUGUCAAUGAGGAGUAUCUGAAGGCUCUGAAUGCACUCUUUGGCAAUUUUCCACGUUUACGAGCCACCGAGCCUGCAACGCUUAGUAUUCCUCAUCUGGUUACCUCCCUAAAGACGGGUUCUGAGGCAACUCAAGAAGCUGCUCUAGAUGCACUUUUCCUGCUACGGCAGGCCUGGUCAGCAUGCCCAGCUGAGGUUUCGAGAGCUCAAUCGGUGGCUGCGGCAGAUGCAAUUCCCUUGCUGCAAUACUUGAUUCAAUCUGGCCCGCCUAGGUUUCAGGAAAAGGCUGAAUUUCUGUUGCAGUGUUUGCCAGGGACACUGGUAGUCAUAAUCAAGCGUGGCAAUAAUAUGAAGCAGUCUGUUGGUAACCCUAGUGUUUUCUGCAAGCUCACACUUGGCAACACGCCACCCAGGCAAACCAAGGUUGUUUCCACUGGUCCAAAUCCAGAGUGGGAAGAGAGCUUCUCAUGGUCCUUUGAAAGUCCUCCCAAAGGCCAGAAGCUUCAUAUUUCCUGCAAGAACAAAAGCAAAAUGGGAAAGAGUUCUUUUGGGAAAGUGACAAUUCAGAUUGAUCGGGUCGUGAUGCUGGGGGCUGUUGCUGGGGAAUACACUUUAUUGCCGGAGAGCAAAAGCGGCCCCUCAAGGAAUUUGGAGAUCGAGUUCCAGUGGUCGAACAAGUGAUGUUACAUCUCGGAACUUAUCAUUCUUCUCCGAAGCGAAUCUUGGAGAGGACCCGUGUUUGAGAAAGGAAUUCUUUUACGUAAGAGUUUUGUCUGGAGUACUUAUAAUGUCAUUGUAUAUACGUUGCUGGAGUGGGGGCCUUUUUUCAGAGUUUUGCUAGUGAUUGUUUCUGUGUAACAUAGUCAAGACAAGUCAAUGUAUUCUUUUGUAACUUGAUGUAUUCUUUCUUCCUUUCUGGGUGAACAUAAUGGACAGAAGGAUCGAUUGCCCG